AUGUUCGGUCGCGCGACGCGAGGGUACAUCGCUAUCGACGCGCGCACGCGUCGAUUCGUGUUCUUGAAAGACUCCUGGCGGCCUUUCUACAAGGACGUCCUCCAAGAAGGGACUUACUUGGAGCGUUUCGCCGGCGACGACCAGAUCAUCGUACCAGCCAUCGUCUGCCAUGGUGACGUGGCAAAUCAAUGCACCUACACCGCCCAAUACCAGGAGCUAUCGAAGAGGAAGAAAAGGGAAGCCGAGCGUCUCCGGAUCUUGAAGGAGCGCGAGGAAGCCGCCUCUUCCACGGUCGCUGCGGAGAAAAAGGUUAACAAAAGGAAGCGCGGUCGUUCCGUAGAGGCUGAAGGAGGAGACCUCUUCAGUGACCCUUCCUCACUUGGAUACGCAGAUCUUUCCGAGGUUACCUUGCGCCACCACAUCCAUUAUCGCAUGGUGGUGAAGGACGUCUGCCUGCCUUUCGAGAUGUUCAGGACGACGGAGCAACUCAUCCGUCUGAUGUCCGAUUGUGUCGCCACGCAUCAUUACGUGUACGAAAAGCACCAGCUCCUACAUCGCGACAUCAGUGCGGGCAACGUUCUUAUUCUUCCACGUCUUGUGAAGGACCAACAAGGCAAGGAGAUCGUCCAAUGGCGCGGCGUCUUGACCGAUUGGGAACUCGCAAAGACCUACCUCGUGAAAAGGUCCGAUGAGAAGGCUAGGCAGCCGGAGCGCACAGGAACCUGGCAAUUCAUGUCCGUCGCUUACGUGAAUUCGCAAUGGACCCAACCUAUCUCCGUCGCCGACGCGUUGGAAUCCUUUUUCCACGUGAUGAUCUUCUUUGCCAUCCGGUUUCUUCCUCACACCUUUUCCAGUCCGACCAAAUUUGUCGAGCAGUACUUCGACACCUUUUGGGACCUUGGCAACGACGUGCGCGAGUGUAGCCUGUGGAAGAUAACCGCCAUGCGUCAUGGCGUUUUCGAGUCAGGGACGGAGGAGCUCGAGUUCCUGAAGACCGACCGCCGCCAGGGGAAUCCUUUCAACGCGCUUAUUGGGGAAAUACUCGAACCCUUCAAAGCAAGGUAUACGAUCCUGAGGUACGAGUCACGGCUCGCGAAGCAGCUCUUGCGGAGCACGGCGAACCCUCCCGACAGCGCUGCGGAAGCCCCUGUUGACGACCCUACGCUCCCGCGAUUCUUGUCCGAUGUGAAGGACUGGAGGCGUCCACCUAUCUCCGCCGCGCCUGUGCGCAAACCCACCAAGCUCGUCCCACCUACGCAGGAGAUUAGAGACCUCGCGGCCCUUCUGGAUGAUCACCAGUGGGUGUUGGGGUUGUUCGCGGACAUACGGUGCCCGCCGAUGACAGAGCCAUCCGAAUGGGGUGGCACCUGGGUCGUUCAGGACCAGCUCGUCGGCUACGAACCCAGGAUGCUGCUGAUGAAGAAGGGCGCGACUACCCAACAAACCGGCACAUCCGGGAGUCGGAUCGGGACGGAUGACGGAGCCAAUAAACGUCCCAGGAACGCUGGAUCCAACUUCGCGUCCAGCUCCAACCAGUUGCCGGAUACGGACUCAUCCUUGUCUGUCUUGAGCAACGCUGGUACCGCUUAG